AUGGUGUGUGAGUUCAGGGGGCAGCGCAUCGCGCCGUCGCUGGCUGAUUUUCGGGAGCAUCGGUACCGCAAAGAGGGCCGCGACUGCUACAUGUUCUUCCUGUCGGAGGAGUGCGUCAUCGACAACACCGCCAUGGGCUCACCCGCGCGCUUCACCAACCACAGCUGCGCACCCUGCCUCUACUCCAAGGUGCUGGAGCUUGACGGGAAGCUGCACCUCUGCUUCUUUGCGCGCACCGACAUCAAGGCCGGCCAGGAGCUCACGUACGACUACCGCUUCAAGGAGGAGGACACAGAUCAGAAGGUCGUCUGCCAGUGCGGCGCACCCACCUGCAAGGGCACGCUCAACUGA